CUGCCUCAUGCUGCGUCACUCUCAACUUUUUGUAAACUUUGACGUAAUCAAAUGAAAACUAAAUUUGAUGCUCACCUGAAAACUUGAAUCAUUGUACUUUGUUGAAUAAUAUAAAUGUUAUUCGUCAAAGUUGUGUCCCAUUUACCGGUUAUUGCUUAAAUAUGGAAGGACGAGCCGAAAGACUGGGUUAUAUUCCUCAAAAAGAGCUAGUAUAUAAUAAGUUACUACAUUAUACUGAUUUUCUUGAUGAGGAAUCUCAAACCUAUCUAGCUAGCAUCAAAACUAACUUAGGCAAAUCUAUAUUACAUCAGAACCUAAGUGAUAUUUCUUUCUGGACAAGCCAGUUGGCUGUAUAUAUAAGAUUGUAUGGUCGAAAGUUUUCGAGAGAAGAUCAUAUUAACUUUAUCAAAGUAUUAUUUGAACUUUUAGUUGCUCCAGGAAUUGAGUUGAGCUUUGUCAAUAAAGUAGCUAUCAUGUUAAAUACAUUGCUCAAGUAAG